ACAAACAAUAACAUCAAACCAUUCUUCAUCCUCACUCCACCACUCUCCUACUUUCUCUCGCUACACCUACACUGCUUCUCUUCUGUCUCUGUAUUUGUGUACUCAGACAGAAGCUAAAAAUAAAGAAAAGAAGCAUCUUUCUACAUACACUGUAAAUACAUUUCUCAUUUGUACUGAAGAAUAAAGCAGUAAAGCGAAACACAUGGUCCAUUUGUAGUCUUGUCUUGAACCUCCGCAAAAUCCCAUCCCAAAGCCCUAGCAUUUUUUUGGAUUCAGUACAUCCUGAGAGAACCUGCAGAUAAUCGAGACCUUGAACUCGUCGAUCGGGUGGUGUAAUCGAAGAUCUCUGCAUUCACAUUGGCGGUGCAAUAUGUAUAUGGUCCUAUAAACCGAAAUUUUAUGGGAUGGGUGUGGACGCAUGAAAGACGAACACGAAAAUAGUGGCUUUUCUUGGUUUGGAGAAGAUGAAGUCAGAUACCCCACUCGAUUACGCUGUAUUUCAGCUCUCACCGAAGCACUCACGAUGCGAAUUGUUUGUUUCCAGUGAUGGGAGCACAGAGAAGAUAGCUUCAGGAUUGCUUAAACCAUUCGUUUCGCAUUUACAGAUUGCCGAGGAACAACUGUCCUCUGGUUCACAGUCAGUUAAGCUUGAAGCUGGGCGACGGAAAAAUGCUGAGACGUGGUUCACCAAGGGAACACUUGAGAGGUUUGUACGUUUUGUUAGCACUCCUGAGGUUUUAGAGCUAGUCAAUACCUUUGAUGCCGAGAUGUCACAGUUGGAAGCUGCUCGGAGGAUAUACUCGCAGGGAGCUGGAAAUCAAGUUUCUGGUGGAGUUGGAUCUGGGGUGGUAGCUGGAGAUGAUGCUACAAAGAAGGAGCUCCUGAGGGCUAUUGAUGUAAGGCUUCUUGCAGUGCAGCAGGAUCUAUAUACUGCUUGUUCUCGUGCUGCUGCAGCCGGCUUCCAUGUCGACUCUGUCUCAGAACUUCAAAUGUUUGCAGAUCGGUUUGGGGCUCAUCGACUAAACAAAUACAUUUCGCUAAGCGAGAGGCGGCCCGAAGUCAUCCAACCAUGGAAGCCCGGCCCAGAUGAUCGGGCCCUCCGCUCCUCAUAUGGGUCAGACAUGUCCAUCGAUGAUGACCCAACUUCUCCACCACCCCAUCAAGAACCCGUCAAUCCCCGGCCCUUAAGUCGUCCAAUCAGCAGAGAAUCGAGUGUCAACAGGGAAGAGUCUAAAAAGCCAAACGACAUUGUGCCAGAAAAAGAUAGUAAAGAUGAAAGCUCAUCAACUCCAGAUCAGCCCGAGUCGAUUCAGGCGAGUCAACCCGCGAGGCGACUCAGUGUUCAGGACAGGAUAAACAUGUUUGAGAACAAACAGAAAGAGAAUUCUGGCGGGAAGCCAGCUGUUGCAGUGAAGCCUGUCGAGUUGCGUAGGCUGUCAUCUGACCUUUCAGCAUCCGGUGGACUCCCUGAGAAGGCAGUUUUUAGGAGGUGGAGUGGAGCUAGCGAUAUGAGCAUUGACUUGAGUGCUGACAAGAAAGAUACCGAAAGCCCCUCCACAUCAGUAGUUUCUCAAGACAAAAAGGUUUUUGGUUCAAAUGAUGAUACUAAGGUUAGUGAUAGCAGUGGACCUAAAGGGGCCUCGUUACAUAACCUUGAGCAACUUUCUGAGUCUAAGAAAUCCAAUUCUAGUUUGGGUUCUGGUGAAAGUGGUUCGAAACAUCAAGUGCUUGGGAAGACCCAAUUAAGGUCUUUCACUUGUAAAACUGAGGAUGAAAACUGUUCAGAAGACAGUUGUAAAACUUCAACGGGGGCUCCAGGGAAAGCGAAGGUUUCUCCUAGCAGUGAGGAGUGUAGUGGGUCCCACGUACAGAUUGUUGAUAUAAAUGAGAAGGUUUCUUCUAUAACCUAUACCAGGCCUUCCAUAAGCAAAGGAGGAGAGCAGACCAAAACGUUUACGAAAAGGGAAGAUUUUGAAUCUAGGAAUGAUUCUAGCAAGCAAAUUCAAAAAGCUAACCAAAAAACUGCAGUAGAGUCCAGGGUAGUUGAAAGUGAAGCUGGUUCUAAAAUAAAAAGGGCGUUUGCUUCUCGUUAUAAAAGUAAUGAAGGUUUGGAUUCCACUUCUUCUCAAAAGGAGGUAAAAUUUGUUGGGGAGAUUGAAGUUACUGAAAAAGAGAAAGUCUCACACAUCUCUGCAAAAGUAUCCACAACUCCUAUGUCAAGCAUUGAAGAUUCUGGGCCUCAGACACUGAAGUUGAAUAGACAAGGUUUGACAUCUGAACUAAACAAGAAGGCACGUGUUCAACGAGACGAGAACAAUUCUACUGGUAACAGCAAGACUCGAUAUUCCGGUAAACUCGUGACAGAGGUUCAGGAAGGCUUUGAUUCCUUUUUGACUCCACCUCCAGAUCAAGUUCAAAGGACAAGGCAGUCGAAGGGAAAUCAGGAGCAUAACAACGAGCUGAAAAUGAAAGCAAGUGAGCUCGAAAGAUUAUUCGCCGAGCACAAACUGCGAGUCCCCGCAGAUCAAUCUGACUCCGCACGUAAAGGAAAGCCAGGAGAAAGAGAGGCACAAGUUGAACAGUCAAGUACUUUACACUACACAAAACCACUAGCAGAUGUUGCUCCUGAAUCGUCUGACGUUCACCAGUCAAAUGAACUCACUAGGUUUUCAAAAAAGUCAACCAAGUUCGAGGUUGCAUCCCCUGUGAAAACAGUCGAUACUAUAAAUAAGAAUUUUUCAGAGCUCAGUAUAGAAGAAGGCUCUCGAGGGAAAUUCUAUGACACGUAUAUGCAGAAAAGGGAUGCAAAGCUGAGAGCAGAUUGGAGUUCCAACAGAGCAGAGAAAGAAGCCCGGUUGAAGUCUAUGCAUGAUAGCCUUGAGAGGAAUAAAUCAGAGAUGAAAGCCAAAAUGUCAGGAUCUGCAGACAGACAAGAUUCCCAUAGACGUGCUGAGAGACUCAAGUCGUAUAAGAGUAGCAAGUCAGUUAUAAAGAGGGAGCAGCAAGGCUUAGAGUCUGGGGAUAGUGAAGAAGAUGAAGAAGCAUUGGAUUUUACUGAGCAGAAUCACCUCCUUGAGAAUAGGGCUUUAGAUAACAACACAUUGUUAAGGGACGGUGUUUCCAAUAAAGGUGUACAGGGGAAGAAGCAUUUACUCACCAGCAGAAGCUCGUCAUCUACUACCGCUCGCACCUCGGCAGCUCCCAUCCCAAAAUCUUCCAUCAAAACUUCUGCAAAUUCUGGGAAAAGAAGAAUGCAAAUGGAGAAUAAUCCACAUGCACAAUCUGUCCCGAAUUUUUUGGAUUUAAGAAAAGAAAAUGCCAAGCCUUCUUCUGGAGCCAGUAAAACGACCCGUUCGCAGGUAAGAAGCUAUGCCCGCAGUAAAAGCAUUAACGAUGAAGCUGUUGUUGUCAGGGAAGAUAAAUCACGCCGAUCACAAUCAUUGAGGAAAAGCUCCGCCAAUCUAAGUGAAUUUUCCGAAAUUUCGCAUACUGACUCUAAUGGUGUUAAUCUAACGCCAAUAAAAUUCGAUUUCGAGGUUAUGAAAAGUGUCGGGACCAAGCCUUUUCUCAAAAAGGGUAGCCGCGCUAGCUUUGUUUCUCAAGCUAGUAUUGCUAGAGAAAAGGCCUCCCUGGUGUCUGAGUUUGUUAAAAAUGACGAAGAAAAUGAUGAUGUGGAUUCUGCUGCAGCUGAUGAGUUUUUGAGUGUGGGUAAUAAUGAUGUGGAUGAAGAAUUCGAGGCUUUGAACUCUGAAGAUCAGAAGAUUUUUGGUAAUGGAGAACCAAAACAGGACCUGGAAUCUGAGAAACUCGUAAAAUCUGGUGAUGCGACUACAUUUUCUCAUACUAACCAUGCUUUUGAAUCUCAAGUGCCCACCACUGAAUCUUUGCAAGAUUGGCCUGAGGAAAGUCCCGUUUCAUGGAACUAUUCACACAGGCAAAAUCCUUUUACUUAUCCUCACGAGACCUCUGAUGUUGAUGCCUUCAUGGAUUCCCCUGGUGGAAGUCCCGCUUCAUGGAAUUCAAACUCUUAUAAUCAAAUAGACAGUGAUUCGUCCAGAAUGAGGAAAAAAUGGGGAACAGCUCAAAAACCCAUUCUGGUGGCUCAUUCAUCCAGUAGUAAUUUAACCCGCAAGGAUAUGAAGAGUGGGUUCAAACGAUUACUGAAGUUUGGAAGGAAAAGCCGUGGCUCAGAUGUGCUGGUUGACUGGAUAUCUGCUACCACAUCCGAAGGAGAUGAUGAUACUGAAGAUGGCAGGGAUCCUGCCAAUCGGUCAUCCGAAGACUUGAGGAAGUCGAGAAUGGGAUUCGCUCACGUUCAAACUUAUGAGGACAGCUUUAAUGAAGGCGAGUUUUUUAAUGAAUCAGUUCAAUCUUCACAGAAUGCUAUACCAGCACCACCAGCAAGCUUUAAAUUGAGGGAGGAUAAUAUGUCAGGAAGCUCAAUUAAAGAUUUGGAGUACUAUUAUGAUGCUGUAUAUUGUAAAGACUUCAUAGUUCCUAUUGGUGGAACAGUGAUGUGA